GUGACUUUACCGUCACCGCCUCUCUCUCAUCAUCCCUCACCAUCCAGAAUCUCCGCCGGCGACGACGACGACGACGCAACUGCUCUACUUGUAGUUCCAUCUAAUUCUCUUUACUCAAGGCCAGUGUAGCAUAUCGGAACCGACUCUUUUCUCUUCGUCGCAGGGCGCUUCCACUACAAACACUUCUUCCAGAUUCCAUGGGGCAGACGACUUCCAGGAACCGGAGUCCUUUACCGUCGCCUGAUACGAACGCCUCUAACAAUGUCGAUGACCCUCCAAGUACCCCAGAAACACAGUCUGACAAUGCUGCAGACAGUAAUCAGCAGUCCGCGGCAUCCAGCAUCUCUCCGACAUCCAGAGCAUCUCGUCGCUCAGCUCGUUCUGCCGUUCGCAAGAGUAUCCUGAACCUCGUGAAGCCACGUUCCUCUCAGCAAGAAGAGCCCAGUGAGCGCCCAAGUUCUAAUACACGCAAGUCAUGGCGGGCGUCUAGGCGUUGGUCAAAAACACCACCUUCUGUGACUCCAGAUAUCGAUUCCUCUCCGAGCGCGUCGGCCAGUGGUGCGCUAGCUGCUGUUGCUGAGAAGAGCGGUGAGCCUGACUCACAACCAUCCGAUGCUGUGACGUCGCCUGCUCUCGAUUCAGCAGCAGCAGCUGGGAGUUCCAUUGCACCGGAUCAGGAUCGGGAGGACAGGCACAGCACUACAUCGCCGCUUGUAUUCAACAAUACCCCGGAAGACGAAGUCGUUAUCAGUCCUGACCACUUUACUUCCUCGCAAGACGUUCCGGACGUUCCGCAGGAUGUAUCACCACCACCCACUAUCGGUCCAGCAGAUCAAUCAUCAUCUGGACAGCCUUCUCCAUCACCUCCCCGACAGUUUCCCCCUCCAGGAACGCUCGUCGUGGUGCAAGGUGUCGUACACACGACCGAUGUACCUAGAACUGAUGCCGCCCCAUCCUCUGUUCCGCCCGAUCUUCCUGAAGCGCCGAUGAUGAUUCGCCAAGGAGCGUCGCUAUCUCGCUCAUCGACUCCCGUUAAUCCAGAGCGUCCAGCGAGGAACAGAUUAUCGGCGCUUCUCAGGUCGCGGCCUCCCAGUAUGGUGUCUACAGCUUCACAUAAUGUUGCUCCAAGAGACACUGAGACAAAUCCUCAUCCCGUCGAAGUGCCAACACCGACCCCCGAACCUGCAGCUACCGAUGACGCUCCUGCUCCUGCUCCUCCGCCUGAAGCAGAUCCUUUGGAACAACGUCCUUCUGGCGCUAUCUCAUCUAGCAGCAUCGACGUGCUCGGUACUCUUUUAAGCGUCGCAGCUGCCGCUACGGCUGCUUCCUUGCUCACAGGGUCUUCGGAACCUAUACUCUCCUCAGGCCUUACCCCUCCGACACCAAAUGUUCCAAAUGCGCCAAGUCCACCACCGGCAGACCUGGACGCGUCCCUCCGGCCCAAUUCACCCACACCAACAGCCGGAAUGGCCGACGUUAUGACCGGCCGAACUGAACGUAUGAGGCAGGCCUGGGCCAACAUUCGGGAACGACUCGGUCUUCGUGCACCCGCUUCGUCUCCAGGGCCUCGGUGGCCGGAUCGAAGUGAAGAGAGAGAGGAGACCCCGCAGACAUUGCCUGAUGCUUCACCGGUGGAUGCCAGAGAACGAAUGUUUGCGGAGAUGGCGCGCGCCUUCAACACGGGAUUGGGUAUGCCCUCGGAUUCUCCACAACGUACGGCGGAAGAUUCAUUACCGACUGAAAGCACGGAGCGUCCUGCUAUCAGUUUCUCUCUACCAGCUGAAGGAACCUUUGAACGGUUUUUGAUCGAUUUGCAAACCGAUUUGCGGUCCACACUGACGCAGCAAGCGCGGCAGGUACCAGAGGGAGAUUCUGCCACCGACUCGGGACCACUGCCUUUGGAUCCACUGGCAUCAGAGCAUGAAUCCCUGCCCGCCCGUACUAGCGACUUGGAGUCCUUACCUGUUUCUGCUGGCGCAAAUGCACAGGCACCUCGGAUACGCGACGACACUGGUACAGGGGAGAGUGAAAAUGACAAUGAUAGCAUGCCUGAACUGCAAGACGUCUCUGACUCGGAUUCUGAAUUCAGUAAUGAUUCCGAUUCUGACAUUUCACGCCCUCCUCGUCAUUCGCCUUCGAUCACUGUUCCUCCUUCACAUCGGUCCCAACCUCCCACGCAUAGUGACAACUGGACGAUGCCGGCCUUACCGAGCAGCGCUGGGUCUGCCGCUGAAGCCUCGCGGCCAGAGGGCCCUUCUGGCCGAAUUAAUUGGUGGAGACUAUACCGUUUCCCUCCAAUUCUCGCGCCUCGUGGUGCCAGUGCUGUAGAGCUCAAUUUGCGUCCGCAGCCAAGUCCCCUGCUUGCCUCUACACCACCUGUUCAAGUACCAAUGCCAGAAACGACAUCUCCCCGCCCUGUCUCGUCAACGGCAACACCCGACGCUGCACCUUCUCCCUCACCUUCGGAAACGAGGCCGAAUAUCGUCGUGCCUGUAAUCGUGGUUGGCUUGCAGUCCGUGCACAUGAAUUGGCGGCAUAAUGCACAAGCACCACCUACACCGGCGGAGCCUGUUGAUCCUGCAGACCUCGACGUUUUCCAGCAACAGACUGACACCAACGAGAACGAUGUCAGGAUGCCUGAGGGCGGUGUCGAAGGUUUGAAUAUGGGUGCGGGCGGGCCUCCGCUGCCGUCUGAUGCGGCUCGUGGUCGUCGAUGGCAUGCUCGCGCAGCCAAUGCGUUGCGGAACUUGCGUCCAGGACGUAGGACGCAUGUGCACGGACUUGCUUCCGAUGUCGAUGCUACAGGAUCUCGCACUUUCCUGAUUUAUGUUAUAGGAGGGUAUUAUCCUCCAGAUCACAGUAUCGUAACUGGUGAACCUAAUAACUUUGAUUCCUUCGAGGCAUUGUUGGAUCUCGCAGAGCUUCUGGGACAAGUAAAACCGCCGACAGUUUCGAAGGAGGAGAUUGACAAGUCCGGCUUAGAGGUUAUCAAGUCGACUCGCCUUGCUGAAUAUGAACGAGGUGGAAAAAUAUCAUCCAACUGUAUUGACAGGUGCCUUAUCUGCCUGGAUGAUUAUGAACCCGAAGAUGAUGUACGAGUCAUGACAUGUCGGCAUGCUUUCCAUCAGAAAUGUGUCGAUACGUGGCUUCAGACGGGUAAGAAUAACUGCCCGGCGUGCCGUGGGACAGGUGUAUCUACGGAAGCCCCGGCUCCUCAGCCAGACAUAAUGACACAAUAAUUUUUUUUGCAUCUACUCAUUCCACCGCUCCUUUUUGCCAUGUAUCUUUCGCACCAUGCCUGCCUGCCUGCCUGCAUCUCGUUUAGUAUAGUCCUCGCCUUGCUUUUCUGCGUAUAUGCUUGACGUUCCCUAACAAUUGUACCGUAAUACCAACAAAAGAAAAUCAAUACAUAGAAUGGACCAGAACGAUAUUUACUUGGGUUGUAAGAAGUGGAGCAGCAGGUUGACCUGCUAGAGAA